CUACGUGAAUUCCCCCAUCACUUUCUUUAUCCAAAUUGUCUUCAUUCCUUAAUUUUGUCUACUAGAAAUUUUAUAACCAUUUCUUCAUAGAUACGAAGUUAUCGAACACCACAAAUGUACAAGUUCUUACUACAAAAAGUACAAGUCAUCAUAGCAAUUUUUGUUCUGGGCUCUUCGACCCCUUUCUUUGUUUCUCCCAAUUUAAGCACCAUAUCCCCAUGAAAGACUUAUCUCGGGAGAAAAGCACACACUUGCUUCGUUUGGAGAAACAAACUACUUUCUAAGGAGUGAAUGAGCAUAAAAGUCUAAUAUAUGGCUGGGAAAUUCAAGAGUUGCAUCGCGCUAUGUUGUGCCAAAAAGCCAUUGGUUGUAGAAGACAUGGCAACUAAUGGUUAUACAUGCGAAGACGCCAUUGAUGGAUUGAAGAAGCUUCUGAGUGAGAAAGGUGAGCUUCAAGCCGUUGCCGCCGCUAAGAUCAAAGAGUUGACGGCGGAGUUGGAGGCAGCAGGCGGCGACGAGUUUAAUCCGGUGGAGAGGAUCAAGGACGGAUUCGCUCGGUUUAAGAAAGAGAAAUAUGAAACAAAUCCCGCUUUGUAUGGUGAGCUUGCCAAAGGGCAGAGCCCAAAGUUCUUGGUAUUUGCAUGCUCGGAUUCUAGAGUUUGCCCAUCACACAUCCUAGACUUCCAACCAGGCGAAGCAUUUGUUGUCAGAAACAUUGCUAACAUGGUUCCCCCUUAUGACACGGUUAAACACUCCGGUGUAGGAGCGGCCGUCGAAUAUGCAGUGGUGCAUCUAAAGGUGGAGAAUAUUGUAGUCAUUGGACACAGCUGUUGUGGUGGAAUCAAAGGGCUCAUGUCCCUUCCUGAGGAUGGAACCACCGCCACUGAUUUCAUAGAGCAAUGGGUGAAAAUUGGUUUAUCUGCAAAGAGCAAGGUCCAAACAGAUUGCACUGAUUUGGAUUUUCUUGAUCAAUGUACAAACUGUGAGAAGGAGGCUGUGAAUGUAUCUCUGGCGAACCUUUUAACAUAUCCUUUUGUGAAAGAAGCUGUGGUGAAAAAGGAGCUUUCAUUAAGAGGAGGACACUAUGAUUUUGUGAGAGGAGGUUUUAGCCUUUGGAAUCUUGAUUUCGGCAUUACAUCCGCACUAUUUUAAUCACUUUUAACUACUACUCCUACUACAUGUUUUCAAUAACUCUACUCAAAAGAGUCUUUCUUGCCUUGCCUUGUAUCGAUAUUUGUAAAUUUUGUUGUGCUUCUGUUUUCUGUUUGUUUGUAUUUGUGUUUUUAACUUUUCUUUUUUGAAUAACGUUGUUUUAUAUGUAAUGUUCUGUUCUUAUCGGAACAUUGUACUGUCAUACAUGUAUUUAUCAUGCUUAAUACAAAUAUUUGUACGCCUUUCCUUUAGUA